AUGGACUACGACGUACCACAGACGAGACAGUCGUCGAUCGUCGUUGCCGUGCGUGUGCGGCCGUUUACAGCGCAGGAACAGGCACAUCUGAUCAUCGACCAGAGCGGGGCGUUUGGCAAAUUGCAGCUCGGAGACGCGAGUCUGGUGCUUCCAGGGGCAGAGAACUCGACACCGACAAAAACAGCAGGUUCCACAGGCUCGGCAGGGUCCACUGAGACGUCAGGAACGUCAGGAACGGGCAAUGGCCGUUUCAAGCCACAAGGCUUGCGCCAGAUUGUAGACUGUGUGGACGACAAAAUGCUCAUUUUCGACCCUGCUGAGCAUAACCCACUGCGUAAAAUUAGCGACACCGUGUUGAACGCAAUCGCAGCGCCUGCAGGCAGCAGACGCAGCGGAGAACACAAGUUCGUUUUCGACCGCGUUUUCAGGAUGGACGCAAGCCAGCUCGAAGUGUAUGAGGCAACCACACGUCCGCUACUAGAUGCAGUUCUGGACGGGUUCCACGGGACCGUUUUCGCCUACGGCGCCACAGGCUGUGGCAAGACCUACACCGUGUCUGGACCGGCGCAAAACCCAGGCAUCAUCUUUCUGACCAUGCAAGAACUGUUUGGCAAAAUCGACCAAAUGCGCGAUACCAAGCGAUUCGAACUGACUGCCUCGUAUCUGGAGAUCUACAACGAGAGCAUUCGCGACCUGUUAGAGCCCGAAACCUCCAGCAAGAAGCUCGUGCUGCGUGAGGACUCGCAUCGCCAUAUCAGCGUGGCCAAUCUUUCCCAUCAUCCGCUUAAAACGGUCGAGGAUGUGAUGGACCUGGUUGUCAGAGGAAACAGCAACAGAACAACGUCUGCCACCGACGCCAACGAAACUUCGUCUCGGUCUCACGCGGUUCUCCAGAUCCACAUUACCCAGAGAAACCGCACUGCAGAGCUAAAGGAGGACCAAAAAUUUGCAACACUGUCCCUGAUAGAUCUGGCGGGCAGCGAAAGGGCAUCCGCGACCAAAAAUAGAGGUGAAAGGUUACACGAGGGUGCCAACAUAAACCGGUCUCUUUUGGCGCUUGGAAACUGCAUAAAUGCCCUAUGUGUAAACGGUAAAAGAGGGUCCAGCUGCCACGUCCCCUAUAGAGACUCCAAACUGACAAGACUUCUCAAGUUUUCCCUUGGUGGGAACUGCAAAACAGUCAUGAUAGUGUGCAUCUCUCCCGGGAGCAAUCAUUACGACGAGUCGCUCAACACGCUCAAAUACGCAACUCGCGCAAAGGAAAUCAAGACCAAGCUCAUACGAAACAGACACUCCCUGGAUCGCCAUGUGGGAUCGUACCUCAAAAUGAUUACCGAACAAAGACAAGAGAUCGAGGAAUUGCGGUCAAGGGAACGCAAAAUAAUCGAUUUACAAAUCAGCAAGCAUAAGAUCUCACGCGAAAGGAUACAUAUGGCCGUGUGGGAUAGCAUUCAAGCUCUUCGGGGCAAUUACAGAAACUCUGAAAAAUUUCAACAUCUCAAAAUGAUCAAAUCCCUGAUAUUGUGCAAAAGACGAUUUUUACAAAUGGUUGGAGUUGAGCUCGCCACUUUGUUGAAUUUUGUUGAUGUCGGUAGUCAGUUGCAAAUUGAUUGUUCUGCGCUUUGCGAGCAACUCACCGACAAGGUGAAGGACUUGGAGCAGAGUUUUGACACACCGGACGAGCUGGAUUUGUCUCUAGAGCAUACAAGAGAGGUAGACCUGCUUAAAUUGCAAGAAAUGGAAAAUUGGCAUGAGGAGACCGAUUUAAUUUGGUAUGAUUCGCUUUUGAGCUCCGUAGCAGAGUCUGUUCGUAAUGAAAUCUUGGUCUUUUCAUCAGUGAUCAUGGAAAGGUUCAUGGAAAAUAGCGUGCUGGUUGACAGAGUAAAAUUCGUAUCGCAAACACUGUUGCGAAGUAUCACGGACAACAAUUUGGAUGGCCAUAUUGAUUCUUUAGCAUUAUUGGAAGAAUUGCACCAGCAAAUGCGAAGCCUCAUUCACAUUGAUGAGGAAUUCGAAGCGUUUGCAGCGAGUGUUCACAGCAACGUGACGUCUUCGGCAUCUACCAAUACCGAGGUUGCUUCACAUUGGUCCCGCGACUGGAAUGUACGAAAAUUGUCCACGACGCAAGCUCACCGAAGAUAUACGACAUCCAAGAUUUCCAAGUCCAAUAGCGGUACUCCGUCGCCAGUCCAGAGGUCGCGUCAUUCGCAAGGCGGAAAGACAGCCAAAAAAGUUCGGUGGUCAGAGCUAGUUCCUGGGAACGACUCAAUCUCGAUGAUGCUCGAUGACGAAAAUCCAAAUCAGAAUCAAGAUCAAAAUCAAAAUCAAGCUUCGAGCACAACGGUGUGGCCUACAUUUGAAGAAGACGUGAGCAUGCAGGACUUGCGGGACGCUGGCAUGGCAUCUCAAACCGGUACAGCUGCUGUUUCCGAGGCGCGAGACACCCCGAGCAACCGUAAAAUGUCACUGACCGCCACUGCAUUGAUCAGAGGAAAGUAA